AUGUCGUCAAAUAUACGUUCCUAUUCCAAUCCAAUCUAUGAUAUCAUCGAUCAAUCGAAUUUAUCCUUCUCUCGACCAUUGAUAAUCGAUAUUGAACCCACAUGCUCUUAUUCCAAUACCAAUACAACGCAGAUCCCUCUUCUGCUUUUAGCGAAUUGCUUGCCGCCUCCUUCGUCUUUGAAUCAACAUAAUUAUGUCAAUCAGCGCAUUGGUGGUGACGAACGAAAUUUCGAUCCGUUAUAUGCCAAACCGAGAAAACGUUGUGUAACAUUACAAGAUGAUCCGGUGAUAAUUCCACCCAAAACAAGUCGAUUCUCAUUGAACUCAAUUCAACCUGAACGAGCACAACUUGUCAGCACGACAUUACCAGUGGCAACUGUCCUUUCAUCACUGGAGCCAAUCGAUGAGAUUGAUCAAUUUAUAGCACGAGAGAUCGAUCGUGUCGAACGUGUGAAACUACGACGACGACAAACAAAGUCAACUACGACAACGAUUGUUAAGCCAAUCGAAAAACCUCCACCAGCAUUUAGUAAUCCAAAUUAUAUCGAGAUUCCCAUAUUAAAUGAUGAGAAAGAGAAAAAUCUAUCCACAUCUAUUCUCGUUUAG